AUGGAGCAAGAAAGCUCUUACCCCACUCCCACGAGCACCCCUAGCAAUGAGAAUGAUGAAUUCGCCCAGAUUGGUGCGAAUUUUCUACGCCUGCGAGCCAUAGGAUUCCCUGAAGAGCAAGCCGCGAAGCUCGCUCGAGAGGUCUGGAUGAGGCAGCUAGGCCUGCCCAUCGAGUCCUCAACUUCAUCAUCAUCCUCCCAAUCACCUUCGUCCGCGUUCAAAGAUUUCAAAGAUGAAUUCGGAUAUAUCGAUUUAAAACUCAACAACAAGCUCGCUGGUGAAUCUAACUAUGCAGCUUGGAGAAACCCAGGUCAAAGACAGGGUGAUGACACCAGGAUAUGGCGAUAUAAAGAGUCAAAGCUGUGGGAAUGCCAAUGGAAUGGCAUGAAACCCCGAACCUCAAACACUCGCACAGCCCAGUACUUCGCUAAAAUAUCCGACAUCAAUAUUGACCAGUACGAGCGUGGCCAGCUUGUCAAUGAGAUCGACCUUCACGGUUGGUCCCUACCUGACCCCUUCCUUGCACAACGAUUUAUCAAUGGCCUCAAGACCUACGCUCAAUCCUAUGUCCAACAGUACUUAAAAACCCUACGCCAGGGCCGCCCAAAGACGGAAGUCCCUGUUAUCAAUCUCAAUGAGCUGAUCGAUGAUCUGAUCCGCUACUAA